UGCUCAUUUCGCUGCGCACUAUGCUUGCCCUCGCCUCGGCAUCGUACGGCCUCACGGUCGGCGUCCCGGCCGCGCCCGCCGCCGGCCGCGCCGCCGCCCCGACGAUGGCGGCGGCUGAGUCGCGGCGCAACGUGCUCGCCGCCGCGCUGCUGCUGGCGCCGUCCGCGGCCAACGCGAUGACCAUUCCCGGGUUGAAUGCGCCGGGCCUCGUGCCCGCCACCAAGAAGCCCGCCGGCGCCAAGCCCAGCUUCGAGUCUUACCGCGACACGUCCCACUUCUGGUCGUCCCAGGGGAUCAUGGAUUCGGUGCCGAAGGUCAAGGGCAUUGUGACGCCCAAGACUCCUGUCGGCUACGGCGCCCCAAAGGCUCCCGAGCCGCCCGCCGCGUCCUAGAUAGCGAGAGGAUGCGACCGCAGUCUCGCGCUUGAGAGCGCAAUCGUGCGCGCUCCCGGGGCGUUGCUGGCCUGGGCGCUUGCCGGAUGGUUGUGUCGUGCCCCUGGUGGCGUACUCCUUUUUUUCGGACAGCCUCGAGCCUGUCAGCUGUGGCCGUCUCAAAAAAACGUCUGACGCCU